GCGAUGGUCGACCCAGCUGCACUUGAAGCAGACGCGAAGAAUUUCGCAGACGUAGCUGCUACAUAUGAAGCAUCAAAGCAGUAUGAAGCUGCCGUCUUUUUUUACACGGAGGCUGCACAAGCGCUCAUCAAUGCGCAAACUGCCGGUUCUAGUACGCCCAACAUCAGGGACACAGCACAUCGGUAUAUCAAACGGGCGGAGGAUUUGAAAGCCAGGAGUUCUACGAGGGAUAUCGACGUCGGAGUUGAGGGCCGAAGGCCAUCUGUACUUCAGAAUAGUUUAUCAAGGGCGAAAUUUAUCUUCCAUGAUGCUAUAACGGAAGAUGAGAAGGGUAAUGUUGAUGAGGCAGUUGAACUUUAUGGAGCCGCAGUGGAGUUACUUUUGUCCUUGCGUGCACAGUCUCCAAACGAAAGUACGAUGAAAGAAAUCAAGAAGCUGGCAAACGAAGCUCUCAGCAGGGCAGAGAUUCUAAAGGAUCGAGGAAAGAGCAAACUAACGACUGCACAGGUCACUGCCGGAGCCUCCAAAUCUCGACGUAAGGUUUCCUGUGUUGAACAGCCUGAAACUGGCGGCUAUUCGGCAGAGGAGUUGAAAGUCCUCAAGGCGACUUCGACUAUCAACGGCAGGGAAUAUCCACCUUUUCUGGACUUUAUCGAUCUACGCAUGCGUUUCGCCUUCCCUAAACCCUACACAGACAAACAUGGGAUGUUAGCUCUUUCGGAGAAACAGAAACGUCAACUGGACCGCUGGGUUCGCCCUUCGGACUACCUCGAAAAUCCUAAAAUGAUAAUGGCUAUUUCCUGUUUCUCAAUACGUCAGACUGUGGUGACCGACUGUUCUUUCGUUGCAUCCAUGGCGAUUGCGGCGCAGUAUGAGCGUCGUUUCAAAAAGCGCUUGAUCACAAAUAUAAUAUACCCCCAAUCUCGGGAUGGUGAAGCUGUCUACAAUCCUUGUGGAAUGUACAUGGUUCGUUUUCACAUUAAUGGAGUACCAAGAAAAGUAGUGAUCGACGAUUAUCUACCAAUGGCCCGAAAUGGAGAGCUUCUCUGUUCGUUUUCUACCAACCGAAGUGAAUUGUGGGUUUCUCUGCUUGAGAAGGCUUAUAUGAAAGUGAUGGGUGGUUAUGAUUUCCCUGGCUCCAACUCAGGUAUCGACUUGCAUGCUCUAACCGGCUGGAUCCCUGAGCGAAUCAGUAUCCGAUCGAACAGUAUGAGUUUCAACAAAGACCGCGAAUUUCGCCGCCUGCUAAGCCGUUUUCAUCGGGGACACUGUUUGUGUACUGUGGCAACGGGCGAAAUGACCGAAGACGUAGCUACACGUGCUGGUUUGGUGCCAUCCCACGCCUAUGCAAUGCUGGAUAUACGGGAGAUUGAUCUUGAAUGUGGUGGCGAAAAAGGUCUGUGUAAGACCCUGAAGAUGGAAUGUGAUUUCGAAAGAACAGGAUCGGCGAGCAUCCAUCCAGGGCCUGCUGAGACAGCNUCGAACAGUAUGAGUUUCAACAAAGACCGUGAAUUUCGCCGCCUGCUAAGCCGUUUUCAUCGCGGGCACUGUUUGUGUACUGUGGCAACGGGCGAAAUGACCGAAGACGUAGCUACACGUGCUGGUUUGGUGCCAUCCCACGCCUAUGCAAUGCUGGAUAUACGGGAGAUUGAUGACAAGCGGCUUUUACUGCUGAAGAAUCCCUGGAGUCACUUGCGCUGGAAAGGAAACUUUUCUGAACAUGAUUCACGCAACUGGACCCCUCAACUACAAGCCAAACUGAACUACGACCUUUCUUCGGCUCAGGCUGUGGAUAACGGGGUGUUUUGGAUUGACUAUGACUCAGUUUGCCACUACUUUGACGUCUUCUAUGUGAACUGGAAUCCGGAACUGUUCCAGCACACGACCUGUGUCCAUGAGCAAUUUGGUGAUCUUCACAGCUGUGCUGUGGAUAACGGGGUGUUUUGGAUUGACUAUGACUCAGUUUGCCACUACUUUGACGUCUUCUAUGUGAACUGGAAUCCGGAACUGUUCCAGCACACAACUUGUGUCCAUGACAUGUGGCUUGCUCACGAUGGCCCGAAAAAGGAUUCCUAUUCCUGUGCAAACAACCCACAGUAUAACCUUGAAGUUCAAGCAACCGUUGAGGCACCCGUAUGGGCACUGCUUACGCGACAUAUUACAGACAAAGAAGAUUUUGCGGACAACAAGGAAUUCAUUGCUCUUGUGGUGUACAAGGACAUCAAGACUCGCAAGGUUUACUGUCCGUACGAAGUGGAACCCUUUCGGGAUUCGGUUCGUGCCAAUAGCCCACAUUGUCUCGUGCAGUUCCUACAAGAUCCCGGUACCGCCAACUACACGUUCGUCGUAUCUCAGUUCGAGAAGAAUAACACCAUCCGGUACACCUUGAGGGUCUAUUCGACAGCUCCAUUCGUUCUGAGUAAAAUAACGGAUCCAUACAAAGUGGAAAAACAGGUCACUGGACAGUGGAAAGGCGCCAACGCUGGUGGUUGUCAAAAUCACCCGGACACUUAUGACCGAAAUCCCUGUUACCAGAUCAACCUGUCCAACAACGAAGUGGACAAUCAGUUACUCGUGGAAAUGCGUGGUCCCAAAGACUAUGCGAUCGGCUGUGAACUCAUCAAAGUUUCUGCUACAAACCCUGCUGCCCCAAACCAGAUGGAACGCAAAUCCUCUGGAAGUUAUCGACGGGGCUACGUUGCGCUCGAACAGGCAGGGCUUUCCGGAGGAAUAUACAACCUCGUCGUGUCCACUUACUAUCCUAAUCAAGAAGGCCCUUACAUUCUAAACUUCAAAUCGUUGCGGCCAUUUACUUUGAAUUGUAUUCGUUGAUGCCGUCGGUCGGUCUGUCUGUCUGUCUUUACCGUGUCUUUCACGCGCCGUUAUGAAAGAUUUCCUCUUUGUGUAUCCAAUAACUGACUACUAUUGUUGUAUUUGGAAAGGACGUUAUGCUUUUCUUCGUAUAAUAAUU